UCUUUUCCUCAGACCCUAAUCUUUGUACCCCACUCCACACCAACAUGGAUUCCCAGGAGUGGCCCGAGCCGGUCGUCCCAGUCCAGUCCUUAUCGGAGAGCGGCUUGACGGAGAUCCCCGCGAACUACGUCAAACCCCCCUCCGAGCGGCCUCAUGCUGUCUCGUUCCUCGACGGCCCCGAGCAGGGCCUGAAGAUACCCGUCAUCGACCUCGGCGGCCUCGUCGGCGACUCGGGGGAACGACGGGCUACCAUGCAGGCGAUGUGGGAUGCAUGCAAGGAAUGGGGCUUCUUCCAGGUGGUGAACCACGGCGUGAGCCUCGAUCUGGUUGAAAAGAUGAGGAAGCUGUGGAAGGAAUUCUUCCACCUUCCCAUGGAGGAGAAAAAGGCCUACGCCAAUAGCCCCAAGUCAUACGAGGGUUACGGCAGCCGCCUCGGGGUGGCGAAAGAUGCCAUCUUGGACUGGACCGACUACUUCUUCUUCCAUCUCUCUCCAGACUCUGUGAAGAACCUCGACAAAUGGCCUCUCCGCCCUGAAACCUUAAGGGGGACCGCUGAAGAGUAUGGACGUGAGUUGGUGAAGCUUUGUGGGGUGCUGAUGAAGGUGCUGUCGAUAGGUCUGGGACUGGAUGAGGGCUACCUCCAGAAGGUCUUCGGCGGAGACGACAUUGGAGCUUGCAUGCGGGUGUGUUUGUAUCCCAAGUGCCCGCAGCCGGAGCUGACCCUCGGCCUCUCGCCACACUCCGAUCCUGGAGGCCUGACCGUCCUUCUGGCGGACGAGCGUGUCCGGGGCCUCCAAGUUCGCAAGGGGGAUGCAUGGAUUUCUGUUCAGCCUGCCCCCGGGGCGUUCAUCGUCAACGUCGGUGAUCAGAUUCAGGGUUGCAGGGAAGGGGAGGAGGAGGAGAAACCAUGACCGAAAGAGCCAUCUUAGGGUUGCGGGCUGAUGAGAUCGAGGUGUUUUUUAUUUUUAACCCACGAACCCACGAUGGCUUCCUCGAUCGCCGUUUCUUCUUCUCUGCUUCCCCGGUCGAUCCAGCUGGAUCCGGCCGGCGGGGCUUCUCGCAAUUAAACAGGCCCUUGAUACAUUAUACGCUCCAUUGUCUCUUUCUGCAUCAUUUAUUUACAAUAGGUUGUGAUAUUUCAAUAUCAUUUUUUUUUUCUUUGAUUGAACAUGAGAGAAUUGAACUUUUAAUUAAUUCAAGAUUGUUGCAUCUUCCUAAAUUUAGGAAUUAAUUAAUGGGACGUAUUAAAAAAUUUUCUUCCAUAGAGACCAUCUUAAAAUAAAUUUAGAAAUAAUAUUUGACCUGUAAAUAUAAUUUUUUAACUACAUCAUGCAGGUAUUAUAAUUUUUUUUCAUGAAAGGUCACAUUUGAUUUAUUACAGUUGUUUUGCUCUAAAAAGGGUCUUGUAAGUUCAGUU